AUGAACGCUAGCAAAGUGGUAUUGAGGUCAUGGGAUCUUUGUAUAGCAGCAGCCGCCUUAGCUGCGACUACAUUAGGGAUGAAGGAGGGAAUUAUCAAAGACAAGCUUCCAGUGUGCGCGCCAGAUUGUGUGCGCCGUGAUGGACGCGAUCACAAUCUGAAGAGAGUAGGAGACAGAGAAUUCUGGAAUUUUUAUUCCUCAUUACAAGACUUUAAUUGUAGUCACAUCAAUUGUGUGCCUUCUAUAGUGUGUUUUGCUGUAUUCAUAAGAUCCACCCCAUUUAAAAUGCAUUUCCAUUCUAAUGACUCCGCUAAAUCACGUAUCCCACAUUAUCCAAUUAUUUCUUGA